AUGGCACUAAUACCAGGGCAAUUUGUCCGAGGCGUAAUCGACGCAUUCGCUCUGAUCAUUUGUCUCUUGUUGGUUGUGGCGCAACUUGGACUAAUUGACUACUACUACAUUAAGUACCUUAAGGAUUCUAUGUGGUGGUCUUGGCUGGCAGCUGAUACAUUCGUUGUUUUCACGCUAACAUGGUUAACUGUGCUAUCAAUGCGAAAUAAUCAAAAAAGAAUGCACAACGAGCGUUCUUUAGAUGCCAAAAUAAAAUACGCCUGUCUUGGAUGGUUUACCUACUCGGCAGUUCUGGUAGCAAAAAUUGUAGUCUUCUUCAGACUCUACUACAAAUCUAAAUUCGUGGAUGAAUUUUUCGACGAACAUCUUCUACGUCUAGGACUAUCUGCUAGUGUACUGAUUUUUGUAUUCUACCUGGAAGCCAACCAUUACACUCCUCUUGUCAGCAAUCGCCAACUUUACAUCGUCUACCUAGCAACUGCCAUCACCGUGGAUUUGAUUGAUACAAUACUAUUUUUAGACCUUUUGGGAGAAGCUGAGAUUUAUCAGUGGAAUCUGCCAAUGUGGCUAUCAAUAUCAAUCCUAUCUCUAGCGUGUCUAAACCUAAUUAUGCCUACAUUCGCGCUUUUACGCUUAAGAUUCAGAAAACUGCCCCGAAAAUUCCUGCUCAGUGAUAAGAUAUGGUCGCUGAUUUACGUGCUCAUAGUAAACGGACCUUAUCUUGGCAUUAGAAUCUACCUCUACUUGUUGCUGAAAUUACCGUCGCUUAACAAGAAUUACGGAGUCAGCAUAUUUGUAGCAAAAAAUAUUGCCUUUAUCUAUUUAGCUGUUCGAGAAGUGUGGCUUAGGAUCCAAUACUGGCGUCAUAAAACCAUAUCAACCAUCAAUCACGGAGAAGAAGGACAAAUCAAGCAGUACGAAAGUAAUGAAAAAUGA